GCAGGCCGCGGCGGUUCACCGUCAGUCAGAUCGUCUUUCUACCGACGGGACACGGAGGGUAGGAGGAGGGUAGAGGAGACGGUGAACCCUCCGCAGCCCGUGAAUGCACCGACAGACAACGCCGGGCUUGUUUCCCAGUCGAUCGCUGACAGACACACGAGUCGAAAACAUCGCUGAUGAGUCCGGAGGAUGGGACAAGUGUAUUUGCUGUUGGCAGCGCAACACUUCGCCAUGAAGACCGCUUCAUGUUACCGAUGCCGUGCUUUCGAUUCCCAGCAGCCCGCCGCUCGGACCGUGUGAGUUAAACGGCUGAAGGGAGCCGAUCUGCUCUGACUCGACAAGCCCCUGAUAUUUCCACCUGCACCCGGCGAUAUGAGAGUCUCCGGGAGGCGGUGAUGGAGUCCCCGGAGCUGGGCUGGCUGUGUCUGGUGGCCCUCUUUCUAGCCUCCUUGCUCAUCGUGCUGGCAUGGCUGCUCCGGUACUUGCAGACUGCUCUGCGGCUGUGGAGAGCCAGGAAGACCACCGGGCAGGACAGGGGAGCACCGGUCCCGCAGCAUCCCUGCCUCGCACGGCCCCGCCAGAGCCAGGGUGGAGGUGUGUGGGGCUUCCUGAAGAAGCUCCGCCCGGACCGGGAUGGAGGAGCUGCAACCGAGGCCGGGGUCAAAGGCUUGUUGACCUCCCUGUUCUCCUUCAAGUCCUUCAGGGAGAACUGGCAGAGAACCUGGGUCAAAGCUCUGAACGAGCAAGCCUGCAGGCACGGGAGCUCCAUCCAGAUCACUUUUGACAGCAGUCUCCAGUUAAAUGCUGCCUCCGCAAUAGAAAGUGUGACCUGCACCGACCAAUCCACACACAGAAUGGUUUUGCAAUGUAAAUGUUGGGUGGACACGGUGACAUUUCCUGUGACGGUCACCCAGCAGUCACCUGCUGCUGUUUCCAUGGACACCUAUCAGAUCACUACAGCACCUAUGGUGACAAAGGUGGUGGUGUGUCUGGAGGAGGUGGAGGACGAGGGUUUGCUGAUAUCCUGGACUCUCUCCAAGCAGCCCUCAUUUUCUCUGACCGUGUCUCCAUGCAAGCUGCGGAGACAGGCCACUGAGGGUGGGGCAGACAUGGGCAUGAUUAGGGGACUGAUAGAGGACACUCUGUUCAGCACCCAGCCAGCCAUGGUCCUCAACCUCAAGACUUGUGCAUCCAGUCCUUCGGCCCCUAUGGACCUUCUGUCAGUGGGAUUGAACUCUGUUUCCCAGAGUGUCUUGGUACGACGACUACAGCUCAGGCAGCUCAGUGCGACCUUGAGUAAAGGUCAGUGGUCUACAUCAGAGGAGCUGUGCUGUGUCCUGAGCUUGGACCAACCCACCACAGAAAGGACAACCAGCUUCCUGCCUGUGCCCAGUAACCACAACACCCCACUGGAGUGGAGUGAAGAAAUUACUCUGGAGCUGAGCCCAGAAACCAAAGAGCUGAGAGUCAGACUUCUGGAGCACAAUGGCAAAAGGGAACAAUUCCUGCCGGGUCACGCCUGCAUCACCUUGGAUCUGCGCGACAAAGUUUCCAGCGGACGACAUAUACUGUCAAUAGGCCCCGGCCACGGCUUGGCACCAAGCGCUACUAUCACAGCAGAACUGCUGUAUGUGGAAACAGAGGAGCCUCAGAGCACCCACAAUGCUUUGCCACUCCUUUCUUCCCUAACCCCAACCAAGAAAGUUGACGUGGACCGAACCAUCAUGCCAGAUGGAACCAUCAUCACCACUGUCACGACAGUCCAGUCUCGACUUAAACUGGAACGCAGUCUAGGUGAUUCCCCUCUGCGUUCACCAUCCAAAGUGGAGGUGACCGAGAACAAACCCACCGUCCUGUCUGAUGGCAGAGGCAGCACCAGCCCGAACCCAAGCAAGAGCAAUCGCCUCUCUAAUGGCCUGGAUCCUGUUGCAGAGACGGCCAUUCGCCAGCUGACGGAAUCCGCCUCCAAAGUAGCACGGAAAACCCCGACAAAAAGGAGCACACUGAUCAUCUCGGGCGUGUCAAAGGUUCCACUCUCGGAAGAUGACUGUGCGUUAUCCAGUGGCUACGCUGCAGCCAUGGAUGCAGCCAUGCAUGGCAACCACUUCAAGGUGGGGCAUCACCAAGACCCAGAUGAAACCACACCCUCUGACGUGUCGGAGCGUCCAUCAGUGGAUGAUGUGGAAUCAGAUACUGGUUCCACUGGUGCCUUGGAAACCCGCAGCCUCAAAGACCACAAAGUGGGCUUUCUGCAGAGCGGGACAAAGCUGUUUUUUCGCAGACGACAUAGAGAAAAGGAGUCCUGCCUCAGCCAAUCUCACGAAGACAUCUCCAACAUGGACAUUAACUUCGCUGCUGCAGCAGCCAGCAGCCGUAAAAAGUCCGGCAGCUUCUCCCGGCGUCUGAUCAAACGCUUCUCCUUCCGUUCAUCAGGCAAAUCAAAUGGCAAAGGCACUGCCACCAACGGAGGAGCAAGCUCACUGGAUAACUAAUUAUCAAUGUGAGGCUAAGACAUGGGUUAUCCCAACUUAACAGGAUUGUUUUAAACCCUCUGUUGGUUCUGUCAGAAGAACAACUAAACCUCGAGUCCAGUCUGUGGCAAGUUGAACACCCCCGGCGGGUUAUCACCUGUACACGUUGAAAGGAGGAUACCUCUGCGAGGGCUUUCCUCUGGAGAGGAACUACUGCACCUUUAGGACAGAAGUCAUAUUCAAUCACAUCACUGAGGUUUAAAUGUGAUUUUCUAUUUCUUUUAAUCCACUACUGAGUGAGGAGAGGGAAAUAACUACAUUGAAAUGCUGUGUUUGAUUGUGGCCGAUUGGUGGAAACUCUGAAACUAUAUAAAAGGCCACUAUAACAUUAUUGGUUGCACUUUGGUUCCUUGGUUGUAUAAAGGUAAUUUAUUCAUUGUGUGGUUCUCAUCAAGCAAGUGCUAUUUAUUUUACUCCCCCAGAAAAUGACUCAUCAUAUUUGCAUUAUCCUGUAAAAUAGAGACAUUGCUGUUUUUCCAUGCACAUGUAAUUUUAGACACAUGGGUUUAAGUGAGUUAACGAGAAUCUGUCUUAAAUUAGCUGUAAUGUUAAUUCAUAAUUGCUUAUAAAUUGGUUUUAGGAUGUUGUUAAAUGUUGUAUCUAAUGUAUGAAGCAGAAAAGAUAAUAUAUUUGUUGUACUUUUUUAUUUUAUAAGGGCACUUCCUGUGGAAUUUUAUUUGAAGUUUAGCUCAUAACUGCAUUUCAGUUUGGUUUUGAAACUUUACCAGCCAAGAUCUCCACAAGACUCGUCAAGCUGGGCAAUAAACUUUUUUAAGGUGCGACAGUAUUCUGUCAGAAAGGAAAACACGAUCAAGUCCUGCUAAUCGUUCGUCUUCACUCCGAUACGUGCAAAGGUGCAUCUAAGCACAUUAUUAAGUUUCAGUUAAUGCUCAUAUUGACAUUUUAUUACUGCAAUAACUAUCAUUACAGUGCAGCACGAUUGCAUAUGGUAUAUUGUGUGAAAUUCUGAGACGUGAUCAGAUCAUAAUCGAAAUAUUACAAAACGGAUCCUGUUUCAUGUAGGAUUGUUAUCUUAUUGUUUUUUUUCUUUUAUCUCACACAAGUGACAAUAUUGCACCAAUGCUGCAGGUUUUAAAGGUCUCAAGGAAGUGUUUAAAAAUGCUGUACUGAAGCAUUGCAAGCAACAAGAUUGUCAAAAGUUGAUUGUUGUAGUGGACGCACUCAGGGCUAGAUAUCAGAUUGCUAUAGCAACAAUAUGAGAAAACCUGCUGCAUCCAUGAAAGGCAAACUGAAAAAUAUAAAUAAUUUUUUUAAUCUUUGUGUUUAGUCAGAAAAAGAAAAAAAUAUUUGAACCCACUGCUUUAAUUAUGAGACUUUAGAAUGAUCAAAUUUAAUUAUUUUGAUUGACAUUUUUCAUGUUUAUUAACAUAAAUAGCUGUUAAAAAUCAGAAGGUCUUUGAGCCAAUGCUGUCUGAAGGACGGACAUGUACCAUGUGCUUUAAAAAAAAUUAAAAAAAAAUGAACCAGUUAAAAAUGCUGAACAAAUGAACAAAGCCACUUCACUGAUUAAGGGACAUUAUGUGAUAUGUACAGUACAUGUGGCUGGAAUGUGAAACAGGGAGUGGUGAAACUGUUGGGAUGUGUAUAAUUUCUGUUAUAUUUGAACUGUUUAAUUUAUUGCAAAUAAAUUAUUUUUUAAGGUCA